AAAGGAAGACCAGGCAUGCAUACACUCUCUCUCAAAAAAUCUACAACAAGGUUACCUGCCUGUCCAGGAGAUGGGUUGGAAGAAGGCAAGGUCAGAACAGGCAGUCAUGCAGAGAUACAACGUGCAGCUUCUCAGAGCAGGUCCGUGAACCACAAGAUCAACCAGAGCCGGCUUCUUCUGUUGAGUUCUCUCCUCUUGCUACUGUUGCAUUCUGGGAGAGGAAGUGCCCGGACCACGUUGCUGCAGUUGCACCAGGCGGAGAGAUCCAGCAUGGCUGCUUCCAGCAAGAGAAAACUCGCUGAGCUGAGCGUGGAUGAAUUCCUGACCUCCAGAUUUGAUUCUGAUGCGGAUGACAAUUCGGAGGAGGAAGGCUUGGAUUCUGGGGAAGAUGAGACGCCUACAAAGCUAAACCAGAAUGGGAAGGCCAGGAGCAAGACAAAAGAGAGGCUCAAAUCGAAAUCUGUGGAGAAGAAAAUGAAGAAGGGAAAGGCUUCACAACACAAAGACCAGCUGUCCCGGCUGAAGGAACGAGAUCCGGAUUUUUACAAAUUUUUGGAAGAAAAUGACCGCACACUGCUGAAUUUCGAUGACUCCGACAGCUCUGAUGAAGGGGAAGGACUUCACGUGUUGCCUGAGAAACUAGAGGAAGCUAGUGAGGACGAAGAUGAUGAUGAAGAAGAAGGAACUGCCAAGCGGAAAAAAGUUGACUUCAUCACUGUAAAUUUGAAGAUGGUGGAACACUGGAAAGAAGCUGCACAGAAGCAGCUCACGGCUAAGCUCUUCCGUGAGAUCACCCAGGCUUUCAAAGCCUGCGUGGUGACGGCCAAGGGGAAUGCUGUAGGGCUGGAUCCCGGCAAGUACAAAGUCACCGACAGCACAGUGUUCAAUACCCUUUUGUCCUUCUGUAUCCGUGAUCUUUUUGGACUACUGCAGAAGUUACUUCAGGUGAAAGCUGCAAAAAACAAAUCCAAGAUGGGCUUGCCUUCCUCCAGUCCCCUUUGGGGCAAGCUACGCCUGGACAUCAAAACUCACCUUGGCUGCACCAUCCAGCUCCUGUCAUGUUUAACAGAAGCCUCUGUGGGAGCAGCUGUCCUCCAGCACGUCAACGCUAUUGUGCCUUAUUACUUAACUUUCCCAAAGCAGAGUCGGAUGCUGCUCAAGCAAGCGACCCGUCUCUGGAGCACAGGCGAGGAAACGGUGAGGGUGCUGGCUUUCCUGGUGCUCAACAAAAUCUGCCGUCAUAAAAAGGACGUCUACUUAAACCCAGUUCUCAAGCAAAUGUACAUAUCCUAUGUGAAGAACUCCAGGUUCACUUCGCCCAACGCUCUUCCCAUGAUCAACUUCAUGCAGCGGACUCUGACAGAGAUGUACGCCCUCGACACCUGCGUCUCCUACCAGCAUGCCUUCAUCUACAUCCGCCAGCUGGCCAUUCACCUGCGCAGUGCCAUGACUGUGAAAAAGAAGGAAAACUACCAGUCGGUUUACAACUGGCAGUAUGUCCAUUGCUUGUACUUCUGGUGUCGGGUCCUAAGCACCAUCUAUCCGAACGACGUCAUGGAGCCCUUGAUUUACCCUUUGACACAGGUCAUCAUUGGCUGCAUUAAGCUGGUGCCCACGGCUCGUUUCUACCCCCUGCGCAUGCACUGCAUCCGGGCUCUAACCCUGCUGUCGGAAAGCACGCGGACAUUCAUUCCUGUCUUGCCUUUUAUCUUGGAGGUUUUCCAGCAGGUAGACUUCAACAAGAAACCCGGGCGCAUGAGUUCUAAGCCCAUUAACUUUGCCGUCAUUUUGAAGCUUUCCAAGGCUAAUUUGCAGGAGAAGACUUUUCGGGAUGGCCUCAUUGAACAGCUGUACGACUUGACGGUGGAGUACCUUCAUGGCCAUGCCUACAUGAUCAGUUUUCCAGAGCUUGCCCUCCCAGCCAUACUCCAGCUGAAAACGUUCCUGAAGGAGUGCAAGGUUGCCAACUACUGCAAGACGAUCCGUCAACUCCUGGAGAAGUUGCAGGAAAACUCUGCCUACAUCACAAGCAAGCGCCAGAAAGCCACCUUUGGCGUCGCUAACCGGGAGGCUGUGGAACAAUGGGAGAACAAGGUCAGAGAAGAGGGGACUCCGCUGAUGAUGUAUUAUCUACACUGGAAGAAGCUGAGAGAAAAGGAGAUACAGCUAGAGAUCAGUGGCAAAGAGCGGCUAGAAGAUCUGAACCUUCCAGAAAUCAAACGGAAGAAGCCGGGCGAACAGAAGGACGAUGAUAAGAGGGAGUUCAAGGCCCUUUUCGAGAUGGACAGCGACUCGGAAGAGGAGGAUGCUGUUGGUGGCCUGUCUGUCAAAGAGAAACCAAAGAGCCGGAAGGGCAACCUUGAUGGAGCUUCACUUGACAGCAGUGAGGAAGAGGAUGGCAACGAUGAAGGAGAGUACGAAGUGGAAGACGAGGAAGAAGAGGAGACCUCCAGUGAUUCAGAUGGGAGAGGCAAAGGGGCCGGCUGCAAGGGUGUCAGGAAACAGCUGUCUCAGGCGGAGCUGAAGCAGCUGGCGCAGGGCCCCGAAGACGUGGUGGAAGACUUGGACUUCUCCGAUGACAGCAGCACUUGCGGACAAGCAGGCUGGGCGUUUCUAGGGCAAGGGAGGAGGAGGUAGGAUCCAGGCGGGUGUCUGGUGGUGGUAACCCAGCGUGUCCCUUCAAAGGGGCAGUGGCUGACAGGGGGCAGCUGCUCCCCAAGGCAUCACUUGGAACAUGAAAAGCUUCUCCAGCGCAGUUCUAUGCGUUGGGGAGAAACACAGUAAAGUUUGCGGUUUUGCCAGGGGCAGUACAGCAGCUCAGCCAAAGCAAUAAAAAGUCCCUUGUCAAAAUGCGCCACUUUAAAUAAGGUGGGCCGGGCGGACCUGCCUCCAAAUUCCAGUUUGGUCCUGCUGGGAAAAAGCCAACACAACGGUGUGGGCUGCAGCUGGACUUGCCCAGUACUCUUCCCUGUUCAGCCGUCUCCCAGCGUGGCUUGUGCUUUUGAAAUUGACGCAGAGUGGGGAGUCCUGUUUGCGCGUUUUGCCAGCGAGUGACCCUCGUUCUAUAAAAAGCGCAGCCCAGCUGUAGAAGCAACCACAUUUUGCUAAGCGGAGGGUAGGGGAAAAGAAGGGCAAAUAGCUGUGUGCUCAGAAACCUGCACAGAUGCUUGAUUUUUUAAAAAAAUUAGCACACCUGGUUGUUCCUGAGGAACAUUCUUGGCCAGAGCAUACCCCCUUUCCUUCCCCAUCUUGCCAGCAUUUAAUUCCUCUGACGCUAGAAGCUGCCUCGUUUGUUCCUAGCAAACGGACCAUCUGCCUUGGGGUUUUUUGCCCAGGAGCAAAGAGCUCUUUAGUUUUCAUGCUUGCACUCUGCAGCAGAUGUUGAGGUAGCUUUUGCGGCAAUGUGCAAACCCCCCCCCCCAACCCUCCACUUCUGUUCUUUGGCAAAUGCACGGGGCAAACCUGUAGUCAAGACAGCAGCCCCCCACAUAGAGAGGGAGGGAGCAGCCGUCUGUGUGGGGUGAUCGCAUGCAUUGGCUUCUGGAGCUGUAGGGGAUGGUUACUUGGACCUCAUUCACAGCAGACAUUUUUUCCAUCGUUACGCCACGUUAAACAGUCACGGCUUUCCCCAAAAUGAAUCCUGGGAAGUGUAGUUUUGAAGGGUGCCAAGAGUUGUUUCCCUCAUAGGGCUACAAUUCCCAGAGUUCCCUAAACUACUCGGGGAAUUGGAGCCCUCUGAGGAGACGGCUAUUCCUUUCACAACUCUGGGUGACUUUCACAAACUACCCUUCCCAGGAUUAGUUUUGGGAAAGCCAAAACUGUUUGAAGUGGAAUAAAUGUCUGGUGUGAAUGUGGCCUUAAUUAAAACGGCAGAUGCCUUCAGCGUGUCGCCCCUUGCCCACGUUAUGGGCCCACCCUAUGGGAAGCUGGACACUUACGCAUUGUGAUGGGCCCACAGGGCUGCCUAUCCCAGAGACGGGCCAGAUUACAGGGGCGAGAGGGGCUUUGUAGGAUAGCCAACCUGUACCACAAGGAAUGUGCAUUUUCUUUUAACUGAGACUCCUUUUGUCCCUGGCACCACUACACAGACUCUCUUGCCUUACCCUGGCACAAGGGGCCCAACACCAACCUUUGGUUCACAUAGUAUGUAUGCCCUCAAUGUUGUACCCACAAGGCAGCUUUUGCUUGAGCUGUGGUGCCUUAAGAGCUCUCAGAAGGCUCCUCUGCCCACUGGGUGCCCUCCAGUUGGUGUAGACUACUGUUUCCAUCAGCUCCAGCCAGCAACCAGGGGAGGUGUAUCUCAACAACCUCUGGAAGGCCGCAGGUUGAGCAGAGCUGAUUUGGGGGGGGGGACACACACCUGUGGCUCUCCUGGUACUGUUCAACUCCCAGCAGCCCUUGGCUGGGGCCUGAUCUGGAGAGCCAUCGGUUCUGCUUUGCAGCAUUCAGUCUCGAGAAGCCAGGGGCGUGGGGUGGCUGUCAGCCUAAAACUCUCACCUUGCCCCAGUGUAGUAAUCUUAACCUUUAACAGUCUGUUGCUUACUCUACUCGUGCCUACUGGUGACAGCAUGCCGUCCGUUCAUAGCAGGCAAAGGAGGAUAGGUAGGGACAGGCCCCUUGGCGUUCUCUGGAUUCACGGCUGCUUCCUCUUAAAAGCCAUCUGUGCGCUAACAGGCCCCCCUCUCUACUCUGACAGCGUAUACACCAUAGAUUUAAAGCACACAACUUCCCCCAUGGGAUACUGGGUGGGAAGUGUAGUUUGUUAAGCAAUGAAAAUUUAAUGUGUACCCAGCUAGUAUGUAAUACUUUUGCAAUGUUGCAAGACUCUCCUUCAGGAAGAGGUUACCCCUCCCCUUUUUAAGUACAUAGGCGGCCUGUGGAACAACCAUUUUAUAAAUUAAGUGAUUUCUUUUUUAUUGUUGUUAUUUAAAUCGAUUUGCUGGAAAGCAUUGGCCUUGAUGUGAUGGAUAAUGACCAUAUAUAUAUAAAGAAGCUUAAGGUACCACCA